GUCUGCCCGUGCAGCGCGCGUGCGCGUGUGUGUGUGCGUGUGUGUGAGGGCGUCGUGAUGUGAGGAGGCGAGGGGAUGUGAAGAGCAGCGUCUGCCAUGAGAGUGUUCGGCUGUCGCUGGCCCUUCUGGAACCUGCACAGCGUGGCCCCAGGUCCACCAUCAACUCCCAUCAUGCCUGGUGGGGCACCUGGAACUCCCUCAGCGAAAGCCAAAGAAAAGCUAAUGAUCCGGCCAAAGGUGGUGGUCGCUCUUUACCCAUUCAAAGCAAUUGAAGGUGGUGACAUAUCAUUGGAGAAGGGUGCUGAGUAUGAGGUGCUUGACGAUUCACAGGAACACUGGUGGAAGGUGAAAGACGAGCAUGGGAACAUAGGUUACAUCCCUAGUAACUAUGUGAAGGAGAAAGAAUUACUGGGCCUUCAGAAAUAUGAGUGGUAUGUUGGAGACAUGUCCAGGCAGAGAGCAGAGUCACUUCUGAAACAGGAAGACAAGGAAGGGUGCUUUGUGGUGCGAAAUUCAUCCACAAAGGGCCUCUACACACUCUCACUAUAUACCAAAGUUCCUCAUCCCCACGUGAAACAUUAUCACAUCAAACAGAACUCUCGGGGAGAAUUCUUCCUGUCCGAGAAGCACUGCUGCAGCUCCAUACCGGACCUGGUCAACUACCACCGCCACAACAGUGGUGGCCUUGCGUCACGGCUCAAGGCUAGCCCCUGUGACCGCCCUGUUCCUGCCACCGCUGGCCUCAGCCAUGAUAAGUGGGAGAUUGACCCACAAGAACUGAUGUUGUUGGAAGAACUCGGCUCCGGGCAGUUUGGCGUCGUUCGCCGUGGCAAAUGGCGUGGAUCUAUAGAUGUCGCCGUAAAGAUGAUGAAGCAGGGGACUAUGUCAGAAGAUGACUUCAUUGAGGAGGCUAAGGUCAUGACACGGCUGCAGCACCUCAACCUGGUCCAGCUGUACGGUGUGUGCAGCAAGCACCGGCCAAUCUAUAUUGUGACGGAGUACAUGCGUCACGGCUCGCUGCUCAACUACCUCCGCCGGCACGAGGCCUCGCUCGGCGGCAACACCGGCCUGCUGCUCGACAUGUGCAUACAGGUGUGCAACGGGAUGGCGUAUUUGGAGCGCCACAAUUAUAUCCACAGAGACCUGGCAGCACGGAAUUGUCUGGUUGGUUCAGAAAAUGUCGUGAAGGUUGCCGACUUCGGUUUAGCAAGGUAUGUUUUGGAUGACCAGUACACGAGCUCUGGUGGCACCAAGUUCCCCAUCAAGUGGGCACCCCCUGAGGUGCUCAACUACACCAGGUUCUCUUCGAAGUCCGAUGUUUGGGCUUAUGGAGUCCUGAUGUGGGAAGUGUUCACAUGUGGCAAAAUGCCUUAUGGGCGUCUCAAGAACACUGAAGUCGUUGAAAGGGUGCAAAGGGGCAUUGUACUGGAGCGACCAAAGGCGUGUUACAAAGAGGUGUAUCAGGUGAUGCGCAAGUGCUGGUGCCAUGCGCCGGAGGACCGCCCGUCAUUCCGCUCACUCAAGGAGCAGCUGGUGAGCGUCUCACAGGGUGUCAUGGCUGACUGACUGCCCCCGGCACCCUCCCCUCCGGCCGCCCCACCGCCACCGCUCCCGGAUUCUGUGUCCACGCCUGCAUCUGUACCUGUGCCCACUCCAAGCCCAGCAUGCAUAUUCUGCACAUCCUACGGCCACCCUUGGGCCGAACUGUGCCGUGCCAUCCAAGCAAGCCGUCGGACUGCUAAGUAGUGGCAGCAAAUGGGCGCUGUUAGUGAGGCUCAGGCCAUCGGAUGUCGUACUGCGGCCAAUGUCUCAGUGGAGGCACAUCUUCUGUUGGCGGACAUUAUCUAAUAACUUAUCUGUCCAUCUCGUCUGUUUGAUCUCAUGUCGUACACUGAUUCAUUAUAUUUGGAGGUAUACUCCAUGUGUGUAUCACUCUGAAGAAGUGUUUUUUUGUGCAGUGGUAAUUGUAAUAUUUUAAAUGCGUCAGAAGUGACUCGGAAGACAUUGAAGUUAAUGAUACCACAUGUUUAACCAGGUGAUUGAUCUUCUGCCUGGCUACACAUAUUCUUGACUGUAGUUUUGUGUGUGAUGGUACCCAGUCUGGAAACUGUUGUUGUGAUUCCUGAUUCAUAAAUUGUAUUUAUUCCUAAUGACCCUAGUCUCUGUAUCUUGAUAUUACUCAAAUGAAUUUUGCUGCGAGCACUAGAUUAAUGGAAGGAAUCAUUUUAGCUGUCGUCGUCGUGCCAUACUCUGUAACCAGCAGUGGGUGGAUUGUAUGUGAAUUUAGAACUCUGGCUGUGAGGGUGACUACUGCUGCCAUUUGCUUGGACAGUGUAUGUUUUUAGUGCUUUCCUCUGCUACUUUUAUCAAGAUCUUGUACGCACAAUGUCCUGGAAUAGCAGUGUGAGUAAUUUAUUAGGAAAGCCUCGUGUUAAAAUGUUAGGAAGAUUUUUUACUACUGCAAUUAUUUUUUGGUAAGCUGUUGUAAUAUUUUAUUAAAUUGUUAGAAAUUAAUUUCUGAGAUGCGUGUGUUUGCCAAGAAGUUCCAUAAUUGGGUAUUUAUAUAUGAGGUUGCAUGUGAUAUGUUGGAUAUGUUAUAUCCUCUGAAUUAGAAAUAAUUUUAUAUCUGCUGUCUAAACAUUAGAAUAUGUGUGUGUGUGUGUGUGUGUGUGUGCGCGCGCGUGCGUGCUCGCUGAGAAAUUGUAAGGUUUUUUUAUUGUCUUGAUAUAUAAGGUACCAUUACACAACGCUUCCUCAUGUGUUGAGGUUUUAUUGAAAAGACUUAGAAAUGUAUCACUAUUGGACUGAAAAUAGUUCAUAGCUGUUUCUCAAAUUGCAACUUGGAAGUAUCUUUAGUUAGGUAAUUACCAAUAGAUUAAUUUAUUUAAGCAGGGAAUCUUCAGUGGAAUAGAAUACAUGACAUUCCUGGUGUUGUAGUUCUGAAUUUCUGGUGCACAAAAAUAAAUUUUGUGGCCUUAGAAGAAUAUGUCUUACAUAAUUAAAAAGAAACAAAUUACUUGUCAACAGAUUAUAAAUGUAUGCUCUGCUGCAUAAUAAUUUGUUAAUGACAAUUCACAGUUAAUCAGUUUUCUGUUAGAAACUUUUAGGGACCAGGUAAUUUUUAACUAAUCAACAAAGAAACUUUGCUUUAUCUCUUUCUUCAUUUGGAAAUUUACUGCCUUUUGUAAUGUCCUAAACACUGGAAUUUUGAGUAAAUGUAAAAAAGAAAAAAAUCUGACAGAAUAGUCACAAGCAUAUUGCUGCUACUCAGAACUGUCCUUUCCUAAACAUUCACUGUUAACGAGAUAAGGUUGUGUAACUUGGUUGAAAAUAUUCACAACAUCUUGUACUUAAUAUUGUUGUGUGCCUAGCAGUAGAUUUUGCUGAGUGUCAUGAACAUAGUUUGGGCACUGUACUUACACAAAAACUGGAAAGGCGACUUUUUAAUUUCUUCUAUAGCUCAGAGUGUGGUUUUUCAGUUUUGGAAUUGAUAGACUUUUUCCCAUCGUAAAUGAAUGUAAAAAUUCAUUUUAACAGCUUAAUAAUGUAAAGUAAGAACUUUUUGUCCAGCGUAGCUGUUAAAACAAGAAUGUGUAUUUUUGGCCUUGUAGAUAUGUGUGUGUGUGUGUGUGUGUGUGUGAGAGAGAGAGAGAGAGAGAGAGAGAGAGAGAGAGAGAGAGAGAGAGAGAAGGGAGAAAUUUGUAAAGCAGGUGUGUAAAAGAAAACCUCUAUCACUUCUCAUGUAAUAUUCUGUUUGAAAUUGCCAUAUUUCAGUACAUCAAACAUUUUAAAGUUUAAGGUCACUGCUUAAUAUAAUGUGAACUGCUGUGUACAGUAAGAGGUAGUUAGAUUGUUUAUCAAAGCUUGAAAUAUAUCAUAUGUACAGCGAGAGUGCAUAUGUGCACAUUUGUUCAGGUGCUCAAUGUAACAUUCACAUGAUAAAACCAGUUAAUUUCUGAAGUAAGAUUACGUUUUAAUGUCUCUUUCUACAUCAUUUUAGUUCCUGCAGAAUAAAUGUAGCAUGUAGUCUUUUCUGCAACAGUAUUCCACUGUGUUCCUAUGUCGUAGUUGCAGUACACUUUAUAAAAAGUUGUAGCUGACUGUUCUUCGUCCAUAUUUUGAUCAGAAGUAUUGCAAUUUCCUUUUUAUAUAAGAUCACGGAACUUAAAACUUCCUUUUUAUGCAUCAUGGUUUGGUGUGUGGCCAUCAAAAAUAUCGAUUGCAAACUGCUCAUGGCAGCAGGAACAUUCUUGGACUUCCAUUGCAGUUUAUCUAACUGUAGUGCAGACUGUAUUGUAUACUGAAACAAAAAUUUUAAAAUGCCCAGAGUAAGUGUUCAUUUGAAAAAUGUACUGCCAUGUGUUGUUCUUGUGAUAUUGAAUAUCUUUCAAAACUGAUAUAACUGUUGGAUGGUUAUAAUACGGCACUGAUUGCAAGAAAAAUGUCAUUUUAUACAAAUUCUAUGUGAAAAUGUUGUGUGCUUAUUGCCUGUUUAAGAUGAGAGGACUUUUUGUAAAAGUUGCCAUUGGUUGCAUCUCUGUAAGCAGAGAUUGUCUAGUAGUGUUGUUAGAUUAAUAGCUAUGUUUAAUGUCAACAGUGUUUUAGGAGUGCUUAUUUGUUGAUGAAGAAUCUUUAUUUAUAUUGUAAAUGCUGAGUGAUAGGCAUAGAGCAUAUAUCUAGUAACCUUUUUUGUGUAAAUAGACCCAUUUGUUUAAAAACAUUUGUCAGGCUAUACCUGAAUCCCAAUAUUUAGGGGAUAAUGAUUUAGUGCAGUUUUAUUGUUAUUAGAACUAAGAACUGCAUGCAUAAGAUUGGAUACUUCCCCUAGUUUACCAUUUCAUCCUGUCUUUAUUUUAUAUUCCUAGACUGUGAUAUGUUUUACACUGCUGUUGUUAAAAGAUCAGAGUAAAGUGGAGUGCAGAUAUAUUGGCUGAUCUCUUAACAAUACUGUGUUUCACAGAACUGAAUUAAGCAGUAGUGUGAAAGAAAAAAAGUUUGUAUUUUUGUGUUUCAGUUAUCAGGUGGCCACAGUAUUGAGAGCUUUUGUGAUGAUAUAGUUUGUGUACCUCUAUAUUCCGUGACCCAUAUUAUAGUGUCAUUAUUUCUAUGCAAUUAUAAAACUUCAUGAUAUGACAGAUAUCAAUUGGAUUUCAAUACUAAAUAACUGCUGGGAACUUUUGAAUCACAUUGGAAAAUUAUCUGAUGUGGCAUAUGUAAGAAAUUUCCUUAACUGUGAAGCUGGAAGAUUUUGUCAGAAGUGCCAAAGCAUAUACUGCCUUGUACACUUUUUUAUUAAUGAAAAUCAGUAAAUAGACAAGUAUAACAGUAAAAUUUUUCUAGCAAAUUUACAUUCUCCAAAGAUAAAUAUUCUGAGGAAAGCACAUAAAAAAGUCAGAAUGGAAUGCUCCAUGCAGUCAAUAUUAUCUAUUGAGAUCCCAUUUCUCCAUAUCCUCUUUAUGAUGGAUUGUUAGUAGCUCCUAGCACGAUAGUGUGCUAUUAACAGGAACAAAUGUAGUUGUCUAGAAUGUACAUGAUGCAUGUAGCAUCUCAGAUAUGGCAGUUACUGAUGAUGUAACAGAUGCUGCAAGUAUACAGUCAUUACUAGUAGCAAUUUUAAGUGGAAGUUUAGGUACUCACUUUGGCAUAAAUUACUAAACUGCUUAUGACACAAAGUAGUGUCAUUUAGAAAAACUUCAGCAUCACAAUUGUGUUCCUCAAAAAACUCAUAAUCAAGUCAAAACCUCUUGAAAAUAUGUGCUUUCACAUGCUUUAAAUGAGGUAACUGAUGCUGAAUGUUAAUACGUACAUGUUUAAGUAAACUGUGGAGGGAUGAACAAACAUCACUGAGGGCUAUUCAGAAAGUAAACUCUGCUAGGCUGUAAAUAAAAUGUUGCAAUACUUAAAACAAAUUUACUAUAAAUGUCUUGAAACUAUACCUUUCAUGUAGUUCCCUACAAAAACACCAUUCAGAUUUAAACAAUUACCAGCUCUCCUAAUGAAUUCAGUAAUUCCCUCUACAUAAGAUCCUGCUGCCUGCAGUUGCAGCUAACCCAUGGCAGCAUCUUCAAGUUCAGCACAGUCAAAGGAUUGGCAGCCAAGCCAGUUUUCUUUUGAGUGGAAAGGUGGAAGUUUCUUGGUGCCCAAUUUUCACUUUAGGGUGAACACUCAAAAACUUGCCAUUUCAACUGGCACAACAACUCUUAUUUACCAGACAACAAGCAUGACCUAGAAUUGUUGAGCCAGAACAGUGGUAGAGAGACCACACUUUAUUUUGAAUCUUAGUUAUCUUAAUGGUUCACAUUACACUUCACAAUUGCUUAUCCUUCUACAUUCUAUAAAAGCCACCAACAAUAUUCCUUUAGUGUCCAAAAGAGUGGUAGUGAAAAUCGGUGUAGCUGACAGAGUCAGCAUGUUGUUGUGGUUUGUUAGAUGUGGCGGUAUGAUCUCACAGCUUUGACUGCUGUUUUGUCUCCACAUACCUGUCUCAUUACAGAUCACAAUUGUGUCUGGUAGGUUUUCUCCUCAAGUAUUGUUACCAAAAAGAAGUUUAAGACAAGCAGUUACACACUGAAUUUUGUGGCUCUUGAAAAGGAGUUUUGGAACCAUUAAGCACAGCAGUUUAUGUACCUCAGCUGUUUAGUCAUGGUCUUUGGCAAAACACUGAGAAACCUGUGUAAAGUUAUCUGAAAGGUGAGAUAGUUGUGAGGCACUAUUCUCAUGAAUUACUUCAACAUUUAAAACCAGUUCAUGAACUGCCAAGUAAUCUAUUACCAUUAUGGGUAUUCGCCCUUCCAUUCUUAAUCAUUUUCAUUCAUGACAUUCCAUCCAUAUGCAGCACAUUCCUCAUGAUAAAUGUCAAAAAGGUUUUUUUGCUACUAAAAACCAUUUUAUGGAAUGGAUUUUACAUUGUCUGUGAUUUUCCAUUACAGUGCUCACCUGAACAUCUACUGUAGGCCAACGAGAAGCAAUGGAGCUUUCUCUCUAUUGCCGGUCUGAGCUCACUCAUUUGCUGCAUGAGCCAGUGUAGUAACUGUUCUGUCCCACCCUGUUGCUUCCCAUGCUACAGAGAUUACUUUCUGGCCCUCAUGAAUUCCCUCUUUAGUGGCACUUGCUCGAUUCCUCAUCCUUUUAAUUUCCCUCAAUUCUAAUAUUAACAAAAAUUAUUGCUCAAAAAUCAUUUACUUUAUUUAUCUGUAAAAACAUUCCAGCUACUAUUACCGCAUUAACAAAAAGUUGCUGGCCUUCUAAUUGUUGCUCAGAUCUACAUAACAACUAAUCCCAGGGAAAUUAACAGAAAAGUGCCAGAACUAAUAGUCUUAGCACAUUAGGACUAAAUUAUUUGAAUCAUAUUCUGGAUCUCAGCAGAACUAAUUUUGUGUGGCCCUUCCUUAAAAUUUGUGUUCAUAUUAGUAGUUCCUAACCCUUCUUAUGUUCUUCUAAUCAACUGAAGGAAGCACAAAGUGAUAAUAAUACAUACAUUUGUGUUGUUACAUUGUGUGUUUUAAAUUAGUAAUGAAAAUUUCCAUUGUUCAGUCUUGGGAUUUUGAUUCUAGUGUAUAAAGUUCUGUUAUGGAGCUAACUUUGUAGAUUACUCUUCCAAAUAGUGUAAGUGCUUGCUUUUCACUUUAACUUCCAGUCACUUCCCCUCCUUCUCUGUAUAGCUUGAUAAUGCUUUAAAAGAACAAAAUAUAAUUAUGUAAAACUGUCAUGUCAAUUGCUAAAAUAGUUCAGCAGGCAGUGCUGGACUGUGCUGUGCUUUCCUACAGAAGCUUAACUCAAGAAAAUUACUUCAGCUGUUUGCAUUUAAGUGGUAUCCAUAACCUUUUAAAUUUUGCAAAUGGAGGAGGAUUUAUUUUUUUGACCUAUCAUAGAGAGAGCCAUUUGUUACACAGUUGGACAUUUCUUUUCUUUGAGCUACCUGGGGAAACAAAUACUGAAUGUAUGAAGUGUUCUCUUGUAUUUAAAAGUUAACUCAAGAACUGUUGUAAGAUUCUGUAAACUUUUAAUAACAUUGUGUAUUUAUUUCUA